AUGAGUCAAGUAGCUCCCACUUUAGACCUGACUUCAGCGCCUGUACCACCUCCAGCUCUACCUGGUGGUAUCAGGCACAGCGACGAGGAAAAGAAAGACUCAAUACUCGACGCCGAUUCCGGAGUAGCCAAUGGUCAUACACUGGACUCUGAAGAGGAUGUGGAGCCUACCGAUGAAGAGUAUAAGACGUUGAGAAAAGUUCCCGCUACGAUUCACUGGCCAGCGGUUGCCCUUUGUCUCGUAGAGAUCGCCGAGAGAGCCUCAUAUUACGGAUCCAAAAAACCAUUCGCAAACUUUGUCCGUGGUGCUUUACCCAAAGGUGGUAAUGGUGCGGGAGCAGUCGCGAAAGGAGCAGCAGGAGCGAAUCAAACUGCCGGUGCAUUGGGUAUGGGUUCGGUAGCUGCUUCGGCUGUUACUUCGACAUUUACAUUUUUGAGUUAUGUCAUCCCAAUCCUUGGUGGUAUCGUGGCUGAUAAUUAUUGGGGAAGAUGGCGAACAAUCUGCGUUGGAGUGGCUGUUGGAGCAGUAGCGCAUGUCAUCUUGGUUAUACCUGCGAUCCCAUCGGUCAUCGCCAGUGGACACGCUUUCCCACCUUUUAUCAUCUCAGUAAUUAUCUUGUCAUUCGCAGCAGGAUUCAUCAAACCUUCUUUAGCACCUUUGAUGUGUGAUCAAUCACCGGUGAAGAAACCAGUGGUCAGGACAACCAAAUCUGGCGAAAGAGUGAUUGUUGAUCCUCAAGUGACCAUCCAACGGUACAUGCUCAUCUUCUAUUGGUGCAUCAAUAUUGGCUCCUUUUGGAUGAUCGCCGAAUCGUAUGUCCAACGAUUAGUAGGAUUCUGGUUAGCCUAUCUACUCCCAGGAAUAAUUUAUAUCUUGGUACCCAUUGUGCUGGUGGUGGUAUAUAAGAGAUUGUACUUCGCUCCACCUCAAGGAUCCGUCUUAGUCGAAACGUUGAGAGUGUGGAAGGGGCUAUACAGACGAAAUGGGUUUUGGAAAGCUUUCAAAGGUGGCGAUGAGGCUUGGAACGAGGUCAAACCGUCCUAUAUCAUCGAGAAAUACGGCUCAAUCGAUGAUAAGAAGAUCAUAUGGGAUGAUCGAUUUGUUGAUGAAGUCAGGCAAACACUCGAAGUGUGUGCUGUGUCCUGGUUAUUGCCGAUUUACUACCUUGCUGAUGGAGGAAUAGGUAACAUGGAAAAUGACAUGUCAGCCGCGAUGAAACUCAAUAACAUCCCCAACGAUCUUUUUGGCAACUUCAAUCCUUUGUGUAUCAUCGUAUUCACCCCAAUCGUCGGACUGAUGUACAAAUGGUUUGAAAAGAUUGGUCGACCCAUUCGACCCAUGACCAGACUCAGCAUCGGAUUUGCCCUCGCUUCAAUCAACAUGAUCAUCGGUGCCAUCGUCCAAUGGAGGGUAUACAAGACCUCACCUUGUGGAUAUUACGCUACAGACUGUGAAUUGGGCGUAUCCUCUGUCCCAUUGGCUUGGCAGAUCCCUCUGAGCGCAUUGCCAGGGAUAGGAGAAAUAUUUGUUGCUGUGACUGCGUAUGAGAUCGCUUAUACGAGAGCACCAGCUAGGAUGAAGUCUUUGGUAGUCGCUAUUACCCUCUUCAAUCAGGCCAUAUCAGCUGCGAUUGGACUCGCUCUCAGUGACGUGAUCAAAGACCCAUACUUGAUUUGGCCAUAUGUUGCUCUGGCAGCAGCCAAUUUCCUUUGUAUCUUCGUCUGUCCAACUGUCUUCCGUCAUCUCAACGAACCGAUCAAGGAAUUUGCAAACAUCGAUCGACAAGCUGGAAAGGAUCAGCCCAAUUACCACAAGGAGGCUGCUGCGGCGAGGAUCGAGGAGGUAGAGAAUGGGAAUGGUAGAAAGUCAAGGUGGAAUAUCUUCAAGAGUGGAAAGGCAUAA